AUGACUGGAUCUCCAGGACGGCUCGUUACAUGAAGUCUAACCCGGAGACUGUGCAUGAGCUGAUGUCCGAGAACAACGCGGUAGUGGAGGGAGACGUGCUGUUGCGAAGGGAAAGGAACGCAGUGGAAAACAUCUGGCCAACACUGGAGAUCCCGUACAGAAUCAGCCCGGAGUUGGCCGGUCAGACAGACGACAUCCUCGCUGCCAUGGCGAUGCUGUCCAAACCCACCUGUGUGUCCUUCCACGAGCAAACCUCUGAGACGGACUACCUGCUCUUCAGAUUGAGCACAGGUUGUGGGUCAUACGUGGGCUUCAUCGGCGGAGAGCAACCCGUGCACAUCGGCCCGGCGUGCACCGUGGGAAUGAUCGCCCAUGAGGUCCUUCACGCUCUGGGCCUCUACCACGAACACACCCGGGCGGACCGCCGGAAGUACAUCGCCAUUCUUCCCGAUAACAUUGUGAAAGGGAUGGAGGGAAACUUCAACGUGGAAAACGGCAAAACCUUCAACCUGAGCUACGACUUGAGUUCCAUCAUGCACUACGGAAGGGGGGUGUUUUCAGCCAACGGCCUCCCCACCAUCCUACCCAAGAAGAGUGUGAAGGACAUGGGACAGAGAGUGAAGUUGACAAACACGGAUAUCAAGAAAGUUCGCCUCCUCUACAGCUGUGGUGAUCUGCUUUUGAACUGUCGGUG